CGGCGGCGAGCGGGGGGGGGGGGGUCUCUCGCUCGGCGCGGAUCGCUGCGGGCUCCGCGCGGCCAUGGAGGCGGACGGGAGCCAGGCGACCUCGGGCGGCCCCGGCGAGGCGCAGCACGACCCCGGCAAGAUGUUCAUCGGCGGCCUCAGCUGGCAGACCUCCCCAGACAGCCUGCGCGACUAUUUCAGCAAAUUCGGGGAGAUCCGGGAGUGCAUGGUCAUGCGGGACCCCACCACCAAGCGCUCCAGAGGCUUCGGCUUCGUGACGUUCGCGGACCCGGGCAGCGUGGACAAGGUGCUGGCCCAGCCGCACCACGAGCUGGACUCCAAGACGAUUGACCCUAAAGUUGCAUUUCCCCGACGAGCACAGCCUAAGAUGGUCACAAGAACAAAGAAAAUAUUUGUAGGUGGAUUAUCGGCUAAUACAGUAGUGGAAGAUGUAAAGCAAUACUUUGAACAGUUUGGCAAGGUAGAGGACGCCAUGCUUAUGUUUGACAAGACGACCAACAGGCAUAGAGGAUUUGGUUUUGUUACUUUUGAAAAUGAAGAUGUGGUGGAAAAAGUCUGCGAAAUCCACUUCCACGAAAUCAAUAAUAAAAUGGUAGAAUGUAAGAAAGCACAACCUAAAGAAGUGAUGUUUCCACCAGGGACGAGAGGAAGGGCGCGCGGAUUGCCGUACACCAUGGACGCUUUUAUGCUGGGGAUGGGAAUGUUGGGUUACCCGAAUUUUGUCGCGACAUACGGCCGAGGAUAUCCUGGAUUUGCCCCAAGUUACAGCUAUCAGUUUCCAGGUUUUCCGGCAGCGGCUUAUGGACCAGUAGCAGCGGCGGCCGUGGCGGCAGCAAGAGGAUCAGGUAGGGGGGCCCGUGGAAGAGCAAACCCUCAGAGUGCAGGGUCAGUCUUGAAUAGCUACAGUGCUCAACCGAAUUUUGGCGCACCCGCUUCCCCGGCAGGCUCCAACCCAGCCCGGCCCGGAGGCUUCCCUGGGGCCAACAGCCCUGGGCCCGUCGCAGACCUGUACGGCACGGCCAGCCAGGACUCCGGCGUCGGCAACUACAUAAGUGCUGCCAGCCCACAGCCGGGCUCCGGCUUCAGCCACGGGAUCGCCGGACCUUUGAUUGCAACGGCUUUUACAAAUGGAUACCAUUGAAACGUUACACAUGGUUGGUUGCCAUCUCACUUGGAGAGUCUCUCUGGAUGUCCGGGCAAAACGGGGCGAAGUUUCUGAGCGGUCCCACGGUGAGGUGACAUCGUCAGACUUCAGCACUACAUCUUCACCAACAGCAAACGAACUGGAGGUGGCACUCGACGGACUUGGGCUGUUUAAAAAAAUCUCUCUCAUCAUCUCAUGAAUCUGCUGUACUAUAAAAACAACAGCUUUUAAAAGUAUGUAUAUAAAAUCCAUUUCUUGUUCGUUUUAUUUUCUCAAAGGGUUUCCCCCCCUUUUUAAACCUACUCGACCCACAUUUUUUGGUAGCGUUUUGACAUAGUCUCGUAGCCACGUAGACCUGAUUCUUUGUGUAUCUCGUAGGAGCCUAACCAUAGCCUAGCUGUUUAUAUUAAGGUUUUCUUUUGUUUCCCUCCCCCCCCCCCCCGUGCCCCCCGGUCUCUGUAGUUGCUGUCAUUGCAGGACGUGGGGCUGCGGAGCACGCGGGUCGUCCCCCCUCCUUUUGUUUGUGCCGUCUUCGUUCACCCGGUUCUAUUUUCGGCAAUAAGGCAGGGACGACAGACUUUUGGGCGUCCUUUUUCUAUAAGUGCUUUUUUUUUGUUGAAAGAGGUGAUAUAAGGUUUUUUGAAAUCGUGAAUUCUGAAAAAAACAAACAAACAAAAAAAAAAAAAAAAAAAAAAAAAAAAAAAGAAACACAACCAAACACUGUAAAUACGAUUCCAUUACGUACAUAUAAACUAUUAAGAAAGAGAAAUACAAACUAUUUUUGUGAUGGAGUCAGUCUAAGGCAGUUUCUCUAUUAAAACCGAAGACGCAGCGCAGGUGUGGCCUCGAGGCCAGCUGCCCGGGUUGGCGCUGCCCCGUCGGCGCUCUGCCCCCGCUCUGCCUGUUGCUCAUGCGUGCGCAGCUUCCCCCUGACAGCCUCGUCGUCUUUUUAAUUUAAAAACUGCUUUUCCCAAGACUGAAAAAGAAGCUCCGGUUUUCCUAUUUAUCGCAUUUAAGGUUCGAAGCACACAGCUGCUCCGCGUUGCCGCUCCCAGCGCAGGCGGAGCGGCGCAGAGCUCGCAUGGGUACCUUUGUUAUCCAUCACUUUCCGUGUUAUUAACAAAUUAGGAAAGCGACUUUGGUUUGUCUGGUUUUUUUUUUUUUUUUUUUUUUUGGGAAUACCUCAGUGCUACAAGUUUCACCCUAGAAGCAAAGGAAGAUUUUAAUUUAUUGUAGUUGUAAACAGAAUUUAAAAAAAAAAAAAGAAAAAAAAAAUAAAA